GUUUCCCUGGGACUCUUACGUUGUCCCAGAGAUCCAGCCUUCUAUCGAGCCACCCUUGGGCUCUUACGGAAUCCUGCAGUGAACAAGCGUGCUCGGACCAGCAAGGCGAGUGCGUCCAGUCGCUCGGCCAAACCGUCAGCCAGUGAAGGGUCCCACCUGGCCAGCGAAGGGUCCCACCUGGGCGGUGAAUAAUUUGUUUCUCCCUUCUCUUUCUUAUGCCUCUCCUCCUCGGUGGACGUUGCCGGGGGUGCCGUGUACAUUAACAACAAGAAUCUAGCGACGCUGCCCAAGAGCUUCAGGAAGCGCCUGGGCGUGAUGCCGCAGGACAGUUGGUUGUUCACAGGCACCGUGCGGUCCAACCUGGACAUGGGGAACGAGCACACCGACGAGGAGCUCUGGAAGGUGAUCAGUCAGGCCAAGCUCGACAACGUGGCGAAGGGCUGGUGGCUGGGCUUGGACCAUGAGGUGCAUGAAAAGGGCGGCAACCUCUCCGCCGGAACGUGCCAGCUGCUGUGCCUUGCGCGGGUGCUGCUGAAGCGGCCGAAGAUCCUAUUCCUGGACGAGGCCACGGCGUCCGUUGACAUCGAGACGGACAAGCUGGUUCAAGAGACCAUCCGCAGUCCGGGCGUGCUGCCGCCAGACUGCUCCAUCGUCACCGUGGCCCACCGCCUGCACACCGUAAUCGACUACGACAAGAUCGUUGUCCUGUCGCUCGGGAAGGUGGUGGAGGAGGGCUCGCCGCAUGAGCUGCUGCAGAAGGAGGGCCACUUCGCGAGCUUCGUGAAGGACACCGGCGCCUCCAGCGCCAAGGAGCUCGAGCGGCGCGCGGCCCUCGCGCACGGCGCGGCGGCCCCGGAGGCCAGCCCGUGAGCAGGCCGCGCCGCGGCCCCGCCGCGGCCCGCGCCGCACGGGGCCACAGAGCCGCCGCCGCCCCUCGGGGAGGG